GCUGGAGCCGCGCGUGGUGUUGGAGCCGGAGGGCGUGAAGUUUGUUUUAGGCCCUACGCCUGUCCAGAGACAGAUGCUGCUCAAGGAGAGGGCGAGCAGGACGCAGGAGCAGCGGGUUCCAGUACUGAUGCCACUUCUCCCGCAAAGACUGUAAACGGCGGCACGGACUGCGACACUGGCUACGACAGCGACGAGCGCAAGGAGACGCCACAUGAGACUCAUAAUGGAGUGCCGCCGAUCACCGGAUCCCGUGCGAGACGCAACAGACCUCCCGUUCCGCUCCCAGACGCCCACAACGCUAACAACUCAGCCCAGCGACGGACCGCGCUGCUCAACUACGAGAACCUGCCGGCGCUGCCACCCGUUUGGGAAACCCGCAAACCCAACAGCCACGAGGAGGAACUCAAAUCGCCGUCUCUAAACGGCUUCCACUCCCUCGAUCACAACUACGUGAACACGGAGAACGUCAAACUCCACAGCUCCAGCACUCAGCACACCGUAUUCAACUUUGACCUCCGCAGGCUCGGCGUGGCCGACCCGCUCCGCCAGCUCAACUACAUCGAGGUGGAGAUGGACAAAGUGUCGGACUCCAGCGGGCCGCACACCCCUAAAACCCCCACCACGCCCCUGCCUCCCACCCCCACGCGCCGGACAGAGCUGUACACCGUCAUCGACAUCGAGCGCACGGCUGCCAUGUCCAGCCUGCAGAAAGCACAGCCACGCAGUAAAACCCCCACCACGCCCCUGCCUCCCACCCCCACGCGCCGGACAGAGCUGUACACCGUCAUCGACAUCGAGCGCACGGCUGCCAUGUCCAGCCUGCAGAAAGCACAGCCACGGGACGACGGCACAUCCAGGAAAACACGACACAACAGUACCGACCUGCCCAUGUGA